UCAAUUCCUGCUCCGUGCCUCGUUUGUCGGUGUGACCGGAGCUUCCUUUCCGUUGACAGGCUGCAGUCACACAGCCACCAUGUUGUCCCAUUCCCGGUGUCUCACCAGGAAUUUUGGUCGCUCCUUGUCUGCUAUCCGCCAGGGGAAUAAUGCGUUAGCCCGUCAGGCCACGGCAGCUAUAUCAGCUAGCCACUCUAUCACUUUCAACAACACUAACAACACUGUAAAAUCUGAUCCCCGGUCCAGCGUCUUCCAAAUCCAGUACUUCAGGACAUCUGUAGCCUACAGAGAUGAAGUUGUUACAGUUAAGACCCCUGCUUUUGCGGAAUCUGUCACAGAGGGGGACGUAAGGUGGGAAAAAGCUGUUGGAGACAGCGUCUCAGAGGAUGAGGUGGUGUGUGAAAUUGAAACUGAUAAGACAUCAGUACAGGUUCCCUCUCCUGCUUCUGGGGUGAUUGAGGAGCUUUUGGUCCCUGAUGGAGGGAAGGUUGAAGGAGGAACACCUCUCUUCAAACUUCGAAAAGGAGAUGUUGCUCCCAAAGCUGCAGAAGCUCCAAAAGCUGAGGCCCCAGCCGCUGUAGCUCCACCACCACCGUCUGCUGCUCCACCUCCUCCUCCCUCAGCCGUGGGCCCCAUUCCCACCACUAUGCCCCCUGUGCCACCUGUGCCAGCACAUGCUAUGGCCACCAAACCAGUUUCAGCCAUCAAGCCCACUGCUGCUCCAGCUGCAGCAGCAGCCCCAGCAGAGGGAGGGGCUAAAGCAGCCAGGACAGAGAGCAGGGUUAAGAUGAACCGCAUGAGACUGAGAAUUGCCCAGAGACUGAAGGAAGCCCAAAACACCUGUGCGAUGUUGACUACGUUUAAUGAGGUCGACAUGAGCAACAUCUCAGAGAUGAGGAAGACCUACAAAGAUGCCUUCCUGAAAAAGCAUAACAUCAAGUUGGGUUUCAUGUCUGCGUUUGUGAAGGCUGCUGCCUACGCUCUGUCUAACCAACCUGCUGUCAAUGCCGUAAUUGACGACACAACCAAAGAGAUAGUGUACAGGGACUACGUCGACAUCAGUGUGGCUGUGGCCACACCAAAGGGUCUGGUUGUUCCGGUAAUCCGAAACGUAGAGGGAAUGAAUUUUACUGAUAUUGAGAAGACCAUCAAUUUGUUGGGUGAAAAGGCCCGUAAGAAUGAGCUGGCUGUUGAGGACAUGGAUGGAGGAACCUUCACCAUCAGCAAUGGUGGUGUGUUUGGGUCCAUGUUUGGCACACCUAUUAUCAACCCACCACAGUCUGCUAUUUUAGGCAUGCAUGGCAUCUUCGACAGGCCUGUUGCAGUCGGUGGCAAGGUGGAGAUCCGUCCCAUGAUGUAUGUUGCCCUGACAUAUGAUCAUCGUCUCAUUGAUGGAAGAGAGGCCGUCACUUUCCUGCGCAAGAUCAAGACAGUUGUGGAAGACCCCAGGGUGCUGCUCCUUGACAUGUGAACCCUCAUUAAUUCCAGGCCCCACCAAACAAACCACCCGUCACAAACAGUGGCUGUACUUACCUGAUGAACAUGACCAUAAUUGCAGUUGAUGUAUUGUUGUAUUGGUUAACUAGAAAAAAUGAUUUUUGAAGAUCAGUUGGUUGUGCAAUGGACAUAUGUAAGGCUGGCAGUGAUAGGGAGUUGAGGCACUGUUGUGGGGGAAUGUUGGAGUCUGGGGUUUCAGUGGUGCUGGUUUCUAGAUCAAAAGGAUAUCCUAUAAUUCAUGUGCACCAUAUGUAAUUUUCUACAUACAACUGAAACAUGUUCAGCUUAUUGUGAGAUGAAUGGCAAACAUAGAUGAAACUGAACCAUAGUAUCAUUUCAUUAUUAUGGGAGAGGAACAAUGAGCACAUACUGGUCUAGAAACUAAGAAACAAUGUUCUGAAAUGUCCAAAGUUAAGAAAUCUGAGAUUUUUUUGCCAUCUGUUUCACAAAAAAGAGGAUAAAUCUCUGUGCUGUGUAAGAAAGACUAUUUAAGAAAAAAAAGAAAGUUUUAAACAAUAAAAGCUGCAUUACUCAA